AUGACAGCGGGAACAGUUGUGAUCACUGGCGGAAUCCUAGCUACGGUGAUCCUCCUCUGCAUCAUCGCAGUCCUGUGCUACUGUAGGCUCCAGUAUUACUGCUGCAAGAAGAGCGAAGCUGAGGAUGCAGACGAGGAGGAGGAGCACGACCUCACCACGCACCCCAGAGGCCCCAGCUGCAAUGCCUGCAGCUCCCAAGCCCUGGACAGCAGAGGCAGACUGGCGCCUCUCAGCGGCGAGCCCCGUAGCCAGCCGUGCGGGGUGGCAGCAAGCCACUGUACCACCUGCUCCUCAUACAGCUCCCCCUUCUACAUACGGACGGCUGACAUGGUGCCCAAUGGGGGUGGGGGCGAGAGGCUCUCCUUUGCUCCUACAUACUACAAAGAGGGGGGACCCCCACCCCUCAAAUUGGCAGUGCCCCAGAGUUACCCGGUGACCUGGCCAGGCUCUGGGCGUGAGGCCUUCACCAAUCCAAGGGCUAUUAGUACAGACGUGUAA